AUGAUAACCGUAAACUUGGAAGCUCGCCGUGCUGGGAUAAAAUCAUUUUAUGCUCAGAGUGAAGCUGGCACUCCAAAUAGUUCACCACUUUUCUUAUACUCUACAGGCAAGAUAUUGGAACUUCAAAAUAAUAUUAAUCACUAA